AUGGUGAGACUAGUUUGCAGCCGAAUUCUCAAAUUUCCAAAACCGUACUUAUGGAGUGCGACGCAGACUACAAGCCGUUGCUUCAAUUCACGAGCCCAGUCUCAUAAUCUCAUCACAAAGACGAUCACUUCGUCUCUUCAAGACGUUUUAACACGUCCCAUUUGGCAAAAUCGAAGCUUUGUUCAAUGCAGAAGAGUCUCUUCCUAUGCUCAGAUGGUUAAUAAUCAUCAAUCUGUGACGAUUGAGACAUUUGAUGCUUUGUGUAAACAAGUGAAGAUAAGAGAAGCCUUGGAAGUUAUUGAUAUCUUGGAGGAUAAGGGAUAUAUAGUGGAUUUUCCCAGGCUUUUAGGGUUAGCGAAACUAUGUGGUGAAGUAGAGGCUUUGGAAGAAGCUAGGGUUGUUCAUGACUGCAUCACUCCUUUAGAUGCUAGAUCUUACCACACGGUAAUCGAAAUGUAUUCUGGUUGUCGAUCCACUGAUGACGCUUUGAAUGUGUUCAACGAAAUGCCUAAGAGAAACUCAGAGACUUGGGGUACAAUGAUAAGGUGCUUAGCGAAGAAUGGAGAAGGUGAACGCGCAAUUGAUAUGUUCACGCGUUUCAUAGAGGAAGGGAAUAAACCCGACAAGGAGAUAUUCAAAGCUGUUUUCUUUGCGUGUGUUUCGAUAGGAGACAUUAACGAGGGAUUGUUGCAUUUUGAGUCUAUGUACAGAGAUUAUGGUAUGGUUCUUUCAAUGGAAGACUAUGUGAAUGUAAUUGAGAUGUUGGCAGCUUGUGGUCAUUUGGAUGAGGCGUUGGAUUUUGUUGAGAGAAUGACUGUGGAACCGAGUGUUGAAAUGUGGGAAACACUGAUGAAUCUUUGUUGGGUUCAGGGAUAUUUAGAGCUUGGGGAUAGGUUUGCUGAGUUAAUAAAGAAGCUAGAUGCCUCAAGAAUGAGCAAAGAGUCAAAUGCAGGUCUUGUAGCAGCAAAAGCAUCAGACUCUGCAAUGGAGAAACUAAAGGAGUUGCGAUAUUGUCAGAUGAUCAGAGACGACCCAAAAAAGCGUAUGCAUGAAUUUAGAGCAGGAGAUACUUCACAUCUGGGGACCGUUUCUGCAUUCAGGAGUUUGAAAGUGCAAAUGUUAGAUAUAGGUUUUGUCCCUGCGACUCGGGUUUGUUUUGUAACAGUGGAAGAAGAGGAAAAAGAGGAACAACUUCUUUUUAGAAGCAACAAGCUUGCCUUUGCUCACGCGAUCAUUAAUUCAGAGGCUCGGAGACCAUUAACUGUUUUACAAAAUAUGCGAACCUGUAUUGAUGGCCACAACACAUUUAAGAUGAUCUCACUGAUCACCGGCAGAGCACUGAUACAGCGAGAUAAAAAAAAAUACCACUUUUACAAAAACGGGGUCUGCUCCUGCAAAGAUUACUGGUAAGCUCUAUGGUGAAGAACCUAUCAUCUCCUCAACCUCAAAUCGUGAUUUUACUC